AUGCCGGCAGGCGUACACAACAGGAAAUCGGGGGAUGCUCCCCCUGGGCCCUGCCCCUCUAAGCGCAAGAGAGACCUAGACGACAACGGCAUCCCCGGCCUUGCUCGCCCUGACCGCAUACCCCAACCACGGCCGCCACAGUCAGGUAAUGCUACACCUAUCAACUACCUUUCCGCUUCCGGAAUCAAGACAUCAAGCCUCAAACUUCUUCGUGGGGAUAACGGCGUGUUCAACGAGGUCAUAUCCCUUAUAAACGACUAUGAAGGGGCUAAGCUCAAUGCACCUCGUCUACUACGAGCUAUGGAGAGUCUAUUUGAAGGUGAAAUCACAGUUUAUCCCAAGAUUCCUUUUGGACUGGAUCAGCCAUACAAGCCUAGCUGGCUGGACAUCCUCGAAUUUGCGGCUUCGAACCCUGGCCAGUUCAAUCUCUCCACAAUAAAGAGUGGUGGCCGGACCUGUCGCUUCUCCAUGAAAAACGUAAACGUCGACGUCGAAAUCACCGAGGAUGACUGGCGGCUUAUCACGUCCGGUGCUUUGGAUCGUUUCAGCCUAGUUCCGCCCAAACCGUUGGAAGAGGAUGAAAGAAUCGAGUCGGUCACGCUAGAUAUAGUUCAGGACCGAGUUCACAGGAUCAUCCAAAAGGCAGACGAGAUAGCUGCCAAAGCACGCCAACUGAACUAUCACCUGGGCGGCCGCAGGGUUGCCAUUGCAGCUCGCUAUACGUUUCAGCACUCUUCAGAGUUGGACCAGCCCCCGACACGGCACAGAGAGCGGAAGCCCGAUCCUGAUCUCCGGCUUAACUUACUGCAGCAGUUUCUGUCUCAAGCUUCCCAGCAAGCUUCCCAGCAAGCUUCCCAACAAGCGGAAACUUAUAAUACAGGAAAAUCUGGCUCAAGUCCCUGUUUGGCAUCUUCUAGUCAUUCGCAGUCGCAAUUAACGCCGGCUGUUAUCGUCCAGUCACCAGCAACGACGACGCCGCAUGGAACAUUGGCUCCCCUUCAGCAACGUACUGGCUCGAUCCAUAUGGAAAACUCGGUACCGCAAGAUCCAGCGCGUCAACAACUGUCCUGGGGGUUCCGUGCUUUGGAACGCUACGCUGUCAGCCGAUCCGUCAUACGAGCUGUAGAGAAACUUGAGCGUGGAGCAUCGAUAAAACCUCCUUGUGACCGCUGCCGGCGGCUACAGAUACCCUGUGUCAAAUAUAUGGGCAGCGGUUGUCAAGGGUGCGCCGACUUCCGCGAACGAUGUGACUGGCAAACAGUGACGCAGGAUGAGAAGAAUUGGGCUUUGAAUGGUGUGGCAAGAACAGAGGCGUCAAAAGAGAGCAGCCCUGGAAUGGCAACGGCGGCGGUAGCUGACAAAGGAGGGUCAAAAUGCUCUCCCACGAGGACGGCAGAUGCAAAUGGGCUUGGCACCGGUUAUCGUGUGAACAUUCGGAUUGGUGAGCUGACACAUGUCAUGGCGAAUGGGAGAGCAGCAGCGGCAGAGGAUGAUAGGGAAGGAAUCGGACGGCGUUCUGGUAAGGUCCUUCUACAGGAGAGUAAAGUCAAAGGACCGGAUGCACGUCACUAA